GCGCAGCGCGCGGGGCACCGAGGAGCGGGCGCGGCGGGCGCAGCGCUCGGCAGCCGGAGCAGAGAGGCCGAAGCGGCGCCGCCCCCACCACCCCUGAGGGGCCCCGGCCCGGAGCCCUACGAGGGAGGGGGCGGCAUGGACCGGUGGCUUGGGGCGCGGGGGCGCUAGGCCCCCGGACGGGUGGCACCUCGCCUCGUCGCUGCUGUCGCCGCCGGGCCGCCCUUCACAGCUGCGCGCCCUGCCCGCUCCAGCCGCCCCCCGGGCCGCCGCCGGCCCAUGAGCCCCGACCUCAAAGUUUGCGGCGGGCGGGCGGGCGCGGAGCCUCCAAAAUGCCGUUCCACCCGGUGACGGCGGCGUUGAUGUACCGGGGCAUCUACACCGUGCCCAACCUGCUGUCGGAGCAGCGCCCGGUGGACAUCCCCGAAGAUGAGCUGGAGGAAAUCCGAGAGGCCUUCAAAGUCUUUGACCGCGAUGGCAAUGGCUUCAUCUCCAAGCAGGAGCUGGGCACGGCCAUGCGCUCCUUGGGCUACAUGCCCAACGAAGUAGAGCUGGAAGUUAUCAUCCAGCGACUGGACAUGGACGGUGAUGGCCAAGUGGACUUUGAGGAGUUUGUGACCCUCCUGGGACCCAAGCUCUCCACCUCAGGGAUCCCAGAGAGGUUCCAUGGCACUGACUUUGACACUGUCUUCUGGAAGUGUGACAUGCAGAAGCUGACUGUGGAUGAGCUGAAGCGGCUGCUCUACGACACCUUCUGUGAGCACCUGUCCAUGAAGGACAUCGAGAACAUUAUCAUGACGGAGGAGGAGAGCCACCUGGGCACAGCUGAGGAGUGCCCUGUGGAUGUGGAGACCUGCUCCAACCAGCAGAUCCGCCAGACAUGCGUGCGCAAGAGUCUGAUCUGCGCCUUCGCCAUCGCCUUCAUCAUCAGCGUCAUGCUCAUCGCGGCCAACCAGGUGCUGCGCAGCGGCAUGAAAUAGGCACCACCUGGGCACCUCCUCUGGUGCACACGAUGCGCGGGGCCCCCUCCACACCCACCACCGCCUGCAGGCCUCUCCUUCAGCUGCACCCUGGGCUGCCACCACUGUGUGCAUCUUGGGGCCUGGAGGUCCAGCGACCCCGCCCCACCCGCCCUUGCAUGGAGCCAUGGCCCAGCUGUGGAGGGUCUGAUGGUGGCUCUGAGGAUGGCUCCCAGCCCCGCCUAUACCCUGCCCCUGCCCCCCUGGCCUGUAUGUAGCACUAACUCUUCCCACUGUCCAGGGGCUCCUGGGAAAUUGAGGGAUUUGUGCAGGGCCCAGUAGCUGCUGUGGUCCCUUAGGCAGGAAGGGGCACCCUGGGCCCAGAGCCACACAGCUAGUCUGUCCCUGGUCCCUGAGGUUUGGGCCAUGGGCAGGGUGGUGGAGGUGGGACAGAAGGCCUCUUCCUGGGGCAGGGUAGGGGGGUGAGGCCGGGGUGUCCUGGGUCCUACUUCCUGGCAUGGACUGAGAAGGCCCUGGCCUUCUGCUGGGUCCCUUCCUCUGGGAGACUCAAAUCCAGCCCUCCUCCACACACUCACCGGGGCCAGAGAGCCAGCCCAUUUCACAGAUGAGGGCCCAAGGCUCAAAGGGCCCCCAGAUUUGGCUUCAGUUCCCCUAUCCAUAGGAUUUUCAGGAAGGACAGAAGCUCAUGAAGGAUGGGGCAACUGAGGUGCCUGCAGUCCCCCCACCUCCUGGGUCCCCCCGACGAGAGGCCCAGUGGCCUGCGGGCCACACUGCCCACUACCACCCUAGCACAGAAUUUAGAGCUGGACUACAAUUGAGGAAGGAAGCAGAGGGGCCUGGAGGUCCCAAAUCGCCUGAGCAGCCUGUGUGAUCCUCCCACCAGCCAGGCCGCUCCUCCAGGGCAGAAGCCUUGGAGGGGCUUGUGUCCAUGCCAGGAAGCUCAGCCAGGCCACUCUCGCAAGCCCAGGAUCUGUCUUCCUGGGUCCCCCCAUUUCUCAACACAAACUCGGCUGGAGACCCAGCUCCCAUCCCUGCCCCAGCUGUGCCAGCUCACACUCGGGCACCAGAUCCGCAUGGGCGGGCGUGGGGACUGAGAAUGGCAGACAGAGUCCUUGAGCUCCUCUCCCCAGAUCUGGAGCCACUUCUCAAAUGGGUGAUGGUCACGGCCACACUGGCUGCCAUCUUCCGGCUCCCAAGGGAGAAGAGUGGCAAGCACCGUCACCCUGAAGAAGACCUUGUAUCACUCCAGCCCUGCCCAUCCUCUGACCAGGGGACAGAGCAGUGAGCUGAGGUCACCCGGCAAGGGGGAAGCGUAGCCAUAUCACCCUAGCGACAGACUUUCUUCAUAAACAUCCAGAAGCUAGUUUCCUCACCCAUCUUCUUAAGAUGUCCCGUGACCGAGGGAGGGUGAGGCUGACUGGCAGGGCCAGGACCAGGGCUGUACCUGGCGGGGGAGCUCCUGGGCCUCACCAAGGCCAGGCCAGGCUGAGCCAAUAGCUUCAGAGGCUCCGUGGGGCACAGCAGGAGGGGGCCUCCGCGUCCUGGUACGAACCCUUUAUUGUGACUGCAGUGGGAAGUGACCGGUGGGGGCCAGGUGGGCGUGAGGGACUCAGCCCCACUGGACGCUGGGCUGCAGGGGCCACCCCCCGGGUGGGGGUGCCCGCAGAGAUGGAGGCAGCUCCUGGACUGGUGGCCAGCCCACUGGGUACUGGAAGACAGAGGUUCUGAUGGGUUCAGCCCUAGAGAGAAGGAGAAGGGCAGAGAAUCAGAGUGGAGCAGGCCCCCGGCACACCCUCCCCGCCAUCCAGGCUGUGGGGAGGGCCAACCUUUCCGGAAGGCAGAGCCUCAAAAACAUGCAGACCCUUUGAGCCAGCAACCUCACCUCUAGGAAUGAGCCCAAGGAAACAGCAGGGUUGUGGGCAGAGACUGAGGUGUGAGAAGCAGAAACCACCUCAGUGUCUGGCUGUGGGGGGGACUGACGCCACGUAUAUGCACGUCCACGGCAGAGAAUGCUGUGCAGCCUGGGUACGAGUUACGGCAGACUUAUAUGCACUGAUGAGGAAAGGCAUCCUGACGUACUGUGUGAGUAGUAGCAAAAGCAGCUUAUAAAAUACUGUAUAUAGCAUGAUACUAUUUUUGUUUAAAGAUAUAUAACAUAUAUAAAUGCAUAAAAAACCUGGAAGAC